CAAUCCUUUUACUACCGGAGCUCAAUUAAUUGGGAGACCGGAAGUGCCGCUAGCGACCAACCUGGUAUGACGUCAUAAUCCAAUGAAAGGCUUUGGGCGUAGGAUAAUAAUGACAUCCCCGACGUAUGUUGAUAUCAAAGAGAAAUACUUUAUGUCUUUACUUGCAAAGAAAGGAGGUAAAAUUAACUGUUGUAGAACUCACCGGCACACAGAGGGCUCUUCUUUUGCCAUCCCGGAUACAAAAAGAAAACAAAAUUUGUUAGCCACAGAGAGCAGCCCUCUGACAAGACUGAAGUAACCGUUGGCAUGGCAUCAGCUGCCAGAAAUGAAUUAAUCCCAGUCUUUGUAGAAGAACCAGAAACUUCCGUCAGCAGUGACUUUCCAGAAACUGAUGCUGAUGAUCUUUUCCAAAUGCCAGACAAAAGUUCUUGGGAUCCAUCAGUCUCAGGAAAAAGAGAAGAGCAACAUAAGGAUGAAAAAGACGGGCAAAGCAGCUGCGUACCUGACGUUGUGAUCACAGAAGCAGAUGAAGGGAAACUCUGCCAUUGUUCCCAAGUAACAAAAAGUCAUAUUUCAAGCAAACGACUUGCUUUAGAUGUGGACAAUGACGGGGAGAAUGCUGUUUAUGACUUGCGUCAGGACAAGAGCUCUGAUAUGCAAUCUCUAAAGAGUGAACCUGGGUCCCUUGCAAGUGAAAUUUUAGCAUCUGCAUCAUUAAAGAGCGACAUCGAUCAGGAUGUUAUAGAUGAUGAACUGAGAAGUAUGGCAACUUCAUCUGUUACAUCCUUCUUCCAACGCUUACAGCUUGACCCUCUAGAGCGAGCCUGGCUCCAGUUUGCUGCCAUAGGAAAUCCAGCUGCCUUGACCCGACUGGUGCUUCAAGAUCCGACCCUCACAUCCAAGAAGGUACAACAAUCACUGCAAAUAAAGAAUGAAAUGUGUUUUCUUUGGAGAUUGCAAGAAAAAUUCGCAAUUCACAUACUUACUGACAAACCCUAUUAAAGGUAACAUUA